AAGAAGGCAUUGUAGGAAUAUUUAGAAUAGGAACGUGCACGCCUGUUUAGUAACAACUCUGUCCUAUCGCGUCAUGCGUGCACAAUCUUUCAUGUCACUUGUUUUCAAGAAUAAUAAUUGCUCGGCAGUACCAUCCAGCCAGAAUCAGACCACAAAAUCUCGAGGAUCGUUGUUGACAGCGGAAAUAUCAGAUUAUACCUCCAUUUAUGGAUGGAGUGCCAAAGUUUGGAGUUGGCGCCCGCACCGUGUGAUGAAAAGAAUGGCAGAUUCGUCGGCGCCGCAUUUGUUCGGCUCGCUGGAGUGUAAGAAGAAUGCUAGCAAUAUGCUGCGAACCUUUCAUUCACCGCGGCUUUCGAGAGUCACCUCCACCAGCAGUUUGAAGUCAUUUGCCUCCGAUUCCGGAGAAUACGUCAACAUGACGGGCAUGUCAAAAUCGACAGUGUACAGUACGCCCGACUACGUGGACAUGUCCGGAAUUCGCAGGACGUCCAGUUUCUCUUCGAGCGUGUCUUCGACCACUCAGUCCGAAUACGAGGAUAUGACCUCUUACUGCUCUUUGUUACCGCGCGGACCUUCGAGCUCGUAUAAAAAAACUAUACUAGCCACGUACAAAUGCGAACUCUGCUCCAAGGAGUUCAACCAAAAGAAGCUGAUGAUCGACCACAAGCUUGCAGAGCACCAGAGGAUAAAUCAGUUCACCCACUGUCCUUAUUGCUCGUACUCGUGCAAGUGCAAAAUUACCCUCGAGAGGCAUGUUACCAGGGAGCAUGCAAAUAGUUUUCUGCAGUGCCUCGACUGCUCCAAGAGGUUCGCGACACCUAGCAGCCUCAAAGAACACAACCUGAAGUGUCACGUUCACUACAAGUGUCUGUACUGCAAACAACCCAUGAAAGAAGUCAACAACGUGUCAUAUCACGAAAUGAGCCGCAAUUGCAAUAAGUGCGGCUCUAAGUUCAACUGUGUGUGGCUCUUUGCGAGACACUGGCGGCUGCAUCCGGAGCAGAUCCACUGUCCACUGUGUCCUCAGACAUUUGAUUCUGCAUCCGCCUUCGAAAUUCACCUGGAAUGGGUUCAUUUUGGAUUUGACAAGAAGUGUGAGUACUUCUGCUGAGAUAUUUUGUGACUUGAAUGAUCUGAAAACGCCAAAGUAUAUAUAGUUAAGAUUUA